CAUCGUCUGCAAAAACGUCAAACUACCGCUUGAGAGGAUCCAGGUCUCUUGAAUGUCUUCCAACUGGUCUAUGGAGUGAUAUAAUCCCAUCAUGUGAUCCUACUUUUUGUAGCGUUAUGAACUGUGAAACUGGCCAAUUCUGUCUUGAAAUGGAAUAUUUCGCCAUUUGCAGAUCAAGAUGUCCAGCUCUCACCAUACAGCAUGGUACAGUUGAUGAUCGCAAUCUCACCGCACUCAUCACAUGCGACAUCGGCUAUUUCCCUGAUUAUAGUGACAAUAGUGAACAUGUUGCCGGAGAUAUUGUUAUCUCUUGUACCCAGAAAGGAAUAUGGAACACGAAUAUUCCUCACUGUCGGCCAAAGUGCCCGGAACUAGCGCAGCUCGAAGAAGGAACAGGAACCCAGCACAUAACCCUCUCCUCCAUCACAACAACAUGUCACGUGACCCAUAUUCUGGUCGGCUCAGCGGUCCGGGAGUGUGGGGAGGACGGACAGUGGAGCGGGGACCCGGCUUCUUGUCAACCUGGUUCCUGUGAUCUAGUGACGUGUCCGGCGUAUUUCAAGUGUGGUUCUGGAGAUGGAUUUGCUAAAUGUGUUCAGUUUAUAGAGUCGGACUUUGAGGACUUCUUAUCAGCUUGUCUUCAACGCAUUAAAUACGAAGAGGAUUGUGAUAAAGAAAUUUCAGAGAUUGAAGACCUCCUACCCGAUUCUUUCAUCCAAAGUUUUGCUAACUCGAUAUUAAAGGUAAAACUGGAUGGCAAUACUCAGCCCUACUUUAUCAGCAAGAAGUUUUUAAGGAAGAUUACCCCAAGAGAAAAUAAAUUCUCGGAACAGUUCAUGAAAACGAUAAUAAAGAUAGUAGAGUACUUCACAGAACAUAUUGAAACCUUGUUAUACCGAGAGAACAGGGAGGUUCUUGUCGCGAAGUGUAUGCUGAUGAUAAACUCAAAUAUCAGAGCUGUUCAACACAAGAACACCGAAGAAAGACCUACAAGAACCAGAAAAGAAGCACGGCAGGCCUGGCUAGAUGCCAGCAAGAAGCAUAGAAAUAACCCCGGAAAAAAGGAAACAAAGAAUCCUGCUUACUCUGGUAUACAUUCUGGAAUUAUGUUAACCCUCAAGCAGGUGGCUCAAAGAUUAAUGCAAAAUUUGAUCGCAUCGGAAAAAGAUGAAUUGUAGCUUUUAGGGUAUCAACGUUUAUUAAUGAUUAAACAAUUUUGCUUUUACAUUUUAAAAGAUUACCUCACCGUUUAUUUGAUGAAAACAUUUUUAGAUCGUGUAUCUUUGAAAAUUUUAAACUUUAUUAAUAUAAUUUAUU